AUGUAUCGUCGUAUACUCUUCCUUGUGGCGCUGUUCACUCUGAGCAGCGCGCUUAUCCGCUUCCAAUGCUCGCAACUGGUAGUCCAAAGACUCGACCCGUUGGUGAACCCUGGGCAGGUUCCGUCAGCCCAUGUUCACCAGAUCGUCGGUGGUAAUGCAUUCAAUGCCUCGAUGGAUCCCUCAAGAGACCUGCCUGGUGAAUCAACAUGUACCACCUGCUCCUUCAGCGAGGACUUUUCCAACUACUGGACGGCGGUGCUGUACUUCCGCGCACGCAACGGGACGUUCAAACGCGUCCCGCAGACGUCACAGAUCAAUGGGGCCCAGGGCGGCAUCACCGUCUACUAUAUGCAGGAUGCACUCUACGACACGGCCCAGAAGUCCAAAGUCACGUCGUUCAAGCCGGGCUUCCGCAUGUUUAUCGGAGAUGUCAACGCACGCAGCAGAGAGCAAGUCCUCAAAUUCCGACAGCUGACCUACACCUGCAUGGAGAACUCAGGGACACGAGCACCCGAGACACUUGGCAUGCCGACCAAGCCCUGUCCCGCCGGGAUCAUGGUCAACGCGCGGUUCCCGACAUGCUGGGACGGCGUGAACCUGGACUCCCCGGACCACAUGGCGCACAUGGCCUACCCGGAGAGCGGCACCUUCGAGAGCGGCGGGCCCUGUCCGGCCAGCCACCCCGUGCGCAUGGCGCAGGUCCUCUUCGAGGUCGUCUGGGACACGAGCAAGUUCAACAACAAGGCCGACUGGCCCGCGGACGGCAGCCAGCCCUUCGUGUGGUCGUUUGGGGACGCCACCGGGUACGGGAACCAUGCCGACUACGUCUUUGGCUGGAAGGGCGACGCCCUGCAGAAGAUCCUGGACACGCCCUGCGUGGUGAACUGUGCGGGGGCAAAGAGCCAGUCCACCGCCGCCAUGAAUCAGUGCAAGCAGGCGGCCGUGGUAGAUGAGAAUAUUGAUGGAUGGCUCACCGAGCUUCCCGGCGGUCACUCAGUCCAGUACGGACCAAGCAGCGGUUAG